AUGGCUUCCGGCCAACAUGGAUUUGUAGAACGAGGUGCAGGCAGCGCUCAGGGCGGUACACCAGGCCCGCGACCCCCUCCUUCUGGGCAGACGCAGCCGGAGAGUGGCAGUGGGGAGGACGAUGAGGAGGAGGAGGGUGAGGGCGAGGAGGAUGAGGACGAUGAGGGGAGCGGGGAUGACAGUGAGGCCGGGUGGGAUCCCGAGACGCAUGGCGGUGGGAAAGGGGGGGAUGAUGAGGAGGACCAUGAGAUGGAUGGGUUGGAGCCAGAGGAGGUGGAGGGUGGGAGAGGGUGGUGGAGGGGCGGCGACAGAGGCGGCCUCACAGCAUGUGGCUGA